AUGAUAUCCAUCAACCUUGCAGAAUCCGAGGUUCAGCCAUAUCUAACAGAAGCUUUGGGCCUUUCCAAUUCCGGAAGCCUCACUGUAGCAUGCGUUAAUAGUCCCUGCAAUGUGACACUCUCAGGCUUGGAAAGGGAAAUUGAUUUGCUUCAACAGCAACUUAAUACUGAUGGGAUAUUUGGGCGCAAAUUGAAAACCGGAGCUGCUUAUCAUUCCCCUCAAAUGAAUGAUGUGGCAGAUGAAUACUCUGGCCUACUACAAACCUUGGCAAUAGGUCAAACUCCCCUAUCGCCUAUCAUUAUGAUAUCUUCGGUCACGGGUGAACGUAUUUUCAACUUGGAGAGCCUCAGCCAAGCUCAAUAUUGGGUCGGAAAUAUGGUGAGUCAAGUUAACUUUUCGAAGGCUUAUGAUGAUCUUGUUGCUACAGCAAUAUCAUCUCCCAAGAGGAAACUGGGUGCAAAAAAUCGCAGUUUUGAAGUUUGCGAUGUUUUGGAAAUCGGGCCACAUCCUGCACUACAACGAUAUGUAAAGGAGAUUUCCGACAGAUUAAGUCCCAAAUCAGGACUGAGAUACCACUCUACCCUAUCGCGUAAUACCUCCAGCACUACUGCCAUGAAAGAGUUGGCUGGUCGCCUAAGUUCCUUAGGCUACAAGAUCAAUUUUGAUUGUGUGAACGAGCCUCAAAAUUCUUGUAAUUCCCGGAAAAAGCUGUUGGUUGACUUACCAGAAUAUCCUUUUAUUCAUUCCCGUUCAUAUUGGCAUGAGCCAAGAAGACGACGAGAGCUUAUUUUCAGGAAACAUCCUGAGCUUGAAUUGCUUGGCACGCCAAUAAGUGAUGGAAACCUCCUAGAAUCUAGGUGGCGCAAGAUUUUUGAUCCAACAAGAGUUUCCUGGAUCCAGGAUCACAAGGUUAAUGGGAAAGUCAUAUAUCCAGCAACCGGUAUGAUGGUGAUGGCCAUAGAAGCUUCAAAGCAGAUGGUAGCAAAAGAUCAAAAAAUCAACGGAUUCAGGUUGAAAGAUGUCAUCAUCUCAAGUCCAAUUCAGAUAUCCGGCCAGGAUCCUAAAACAGAAGCGCAAUUAUGUAUGCGAUCGCUGCAGAAUUCAUCCGACAAAGACUGCACAUCUUCCGAGUUCCGUAUACACGCCAUCAAUAAUGGUUACUGGAAGGAGGUCUGCCGCGGAAUAAUUCAGGUUGAGCAUCAGACUGAUAUCACCGAGGUUGACUGCGGUAAAGUGAAACGAGACGAACAAGACGACUAUACAUUGAAACACAAAAUUGCUGCUCGUGAGUGUGUAGAAUACAUUUCCAAGGAGACCCUUUAUCAAUGCACAAGCGAUAUGGGUGUAGAGUUAGGGCCAUCAUUCAAAAAAUUGGAUAAAAUAUUCCACGACGGAAACAAGGCUGCAAUUGCAGACCUUACCACAUUUGAUUGGGCAGGAUAUGAAGGUAUCGAAGCAGUAGAGGCUCACACCAUUCAUCCUACUACCUUGGACGCUCUCAUGCAACUUUCAUGGAUUCCUCUUACAGAUGGAUCAGAAAGGAAAGGGUCUCAGAAGGCCGAAAUUUCUAGUUUUGCUUUGGACCGCAUGGGUAAACUCAUAUUAUCCUUAUCUCGCCUAGAAUCAAGCACAGUCUCCGAUAGUACUAGUUUUCAAGAACAGAUCCAACCACGACAACUCAAUUGGUACAUUUCUUGGAAGCCAGAUGUAACAUUUUUGAAACCACAUGAAGUACUUCGUUUCUGUCGAUCAGAAACUAUCGAAGAUGUUGAGCGAUUCAAAGUCUACCAAACUUUAGAAUUCAUGUUGGAAUACUUCGCUAGGGAAGCGCUGAACGAAAUCUCAGAAGUUGAAGAAAAUAACGCCAAGCCAUUUAUCCAAAAGUAUCUUGGAAGUCUCCGGUGUCAUUUGAAGGCUUGUGAGAAAACCACUUCUUCAAGUGAGCUUCUUUCAAGUGCCGAGGGGGUCAAUGAUGAUUCUGAGAUUGAUGUAAUUAUCCCCAAAGACAUGAAAGAUCAUCCACUGGUGAGGACUUACCUUGCUAUUGGAAAAGAACUCUCAGGGAUUAUACGAGGUCAAAUUAAUCCACUAGAAAUUCUUUUCUCGGGGGAAAAAGUGGCAGAAUUGUAUUAUCGAGAUAUUUGCAUGAGAGAGACUUAUGGCAAGGAUAUCGCCAAGUAUCUUGACUUAAUUGCACAUCAGAACCCCGGAUUGGAUGUUUUGGAGAUAGGUUCGGGGACAGGAUCUUUCACAGAGUGUGUGAUGUCAGUUUUACUUCAACGUGACGGAACUGAGCGAUGCACGGAGAGAUUCAAUUCUUAUAAUUAUACGGAUAUCUCACCAAGCUUUUUUGAACAAGCCCGUGAGAAGUUUGGGACAUCGACAAAUAAGAUCCAGUUCCGCGUGCUGGAUAUUGAAGGUGAUAUUGUGUCCCAGGGCUUUGAAGAAGGAUCGUUUGAUUUACUUCUUGCCCACAGUGUUCUACAUGCUACAAGUAGCUUAGCACAUACACUGCGAAACUGUCGCAAAUUAUUGAGACCUGGCGGAAAGCUUAUUAUGCUUGAGAAUACGCAACCGGAUCUAAUGAGGACAGGAUUUGUGUUUGGAACUUUGGAGGGCUGGUGGCUGGGCACGGAGAAAUUUCGUUCAGACGGUCCUUGUGUUUCAGAGGAAACUUGGCAUACAGUUCUCCUCCAAAAUGGUUUCACUGGUGUCGAUUUCUCGAUUCGCGACACCGACGACCCCAGAUAUCAUGAGUACAGUCUCAUUGUGUCCACGGCAAACAAUGAAGAAAUACCUCUCACUGUCCAGAAGAUAAUUUUUCUGGUCGAUCUCACAUCUUCCCAACAAGUUGAGGUUGUGAAGAACAUUAGAGCGUGCUUGAAACCUUCCAUCGACAUUGAGAUCCAAUUACUGUCAUUCAAAGAGACAUUUUCUAUUACAGAUGCACAAUCUUCAUUCCUCGUCUUUCUUCAAGAGGUUGAAGUGCCAUUUCUGUCUAACUUGUCCAGUUCUGAUUUUGAUGUCCUGAAACAAAUGUGUGUUUCUGCAAAGAAUCUUCUCUGGGUAACGCAUAGCUCAGAAGAUGCGGGAUCCGCAGCUUUUGAUGGUCUAGUCGAUGGACUGGCUAGAGUUCUACGUUCAGAACUUGACAUUGCCUUCAUCACUUUACAUAUCAAGGGUAAUGGGACUGAUCCCAAGAAGUGGGGGGAGACUAUUGCAUCCGUUCUUUCUCAAAAGAUUUUGGGUACAGGAAUGAGCAGCGACAUGGAAUAUGUGGAUCGUGAUAGUUUGUUGUACAUUGGUCGCAUCAGAGAAGCAAAAGCUCUUGAUCAACAGGUACACACUAGGAUACAUGAACAAACGAGAAACGUUCGAAUCGAUCAAGCAGGAGCAGUAACUUUGACAUUAAAAAGGCCUGGACUGCUCGAAUCUCUUCACUUUAUUCAAGAUGAAAAGUUCCAAGCGGAAAUUGGUCCAGACGAAGUGGAGAUCAAACUUCAAUAUACCGGUCUAAACUUCCGCGAUCUUCUUGUGACACUUGGUCGAUACCAUAAUAACGACAAUCUUCUAGGCUGUGAAAGUACCGGUAUAGUCACUCGGGUGGGAGUCAAUUGCAAGACCUUUGUGCCAGGUGACAGAGCCUAUAUGGCGAAAUUCGGAUGUAUGAAUGCAUAUGUCAGAGCACAUUCGGAUCUUGUUCUUCAAAUUCCCGAAAAAAUGGCUCCAGAGGAAGCUGCAGGCAUGAUCAUGGCCGGAUCUACCGUAUAUCACUCUCUCAUCAACGUUGCAAAGCUCAAACUUGGAGAAUCGAUUCUGAUUCAUGCAGCGUCCGGAGCAACUGGUCAAAUGGCAAUCCAGAUCGCGAAAAAUUUGAGUUGUGACAUAUAUGUUACUGUGGGAUUCGACCAAAAGAAAGAAUUGCUCAUGGAGCAAUAUGGUAUCGCUGAAGAUCACAUUUUCUAUAGUCGUAAAUUAUCAUUUGCAAAGGGAAUACGACGUAUGACACAAGGUCGUGGGAUAGAUGUUGUCCUCAACUCAUUAUCUGGAGACGCGUUAAUCGCAACUUGGGAGUUAAUUGCGCCCUAUGGAAGAUUUAUCGAGCUCGGUACACUUGAUAUAUACACCAAUACCAAGCUACCUAUGUCAUCCUUUGCAAAGAACGUCACAUUCGCCGCGAUCACCAUUGAUUCUCUGAACAUUGAGAGACCAAAAGAAUUUCGAGAGAUAAUGCUUAAUGUCAUCGACUAUUUUCAUAGGGGAAUAUUUCAUUCUUUCAAACCAUUUCACGUGAUAUCUAUUGAGAAUCUUAAAGGGGCCAUGAGACUAUUACAGAGCGGUAAAACAUCUGGAAAGAUAGUUCUAAGCAUCGAUGGAGCAGAUGUGAUCCCUGCAACUAUUCAACCGCAAGCACUGUGGAGCUUUGACUCAAAAUCAUCAUACAUAAUAGCAGGUGGCUUGGGCGGUUUGGGUAGAAGUGCAGCACUAUGGAUGGCCGAUAAAGGAGCAAGGUAUCUCAUUCUAUUAUCACGAUCUGGGCCUACGACAGAUGCCGCUACUUCUUUGCUGAUCAAGCUACGUGAUAUGGGGGUCUCUGUCGAAGCACCCAAAUGCGACAUUACAUCUUCUGAUCAACUAAGAAAAGCUAUCUCGCAAUGCUCUAGAGCUUUUCCUCCCAUCAAAGGAUGCAUACAAGCUACGAUGGUUUUAAAGGAUGUCCUAUUUGAGAAGAUGAGUUUCGAAGAUUGGUCGGCAGCAACAUCUCCAAAGGUCCAGGGCACAUGGAAUCUCCAUAGAGCUUUGCCGGAUAACAUCGAUUUCUUUAUACUCCUUUCUUCCAUCGCUGGCGUGUUUGGAUCAAUAGGUCAAUCAAACUACGCCGCCGGAAAUACAUUCCAAGAUGCAUUCUGUCUUUACAGGAACAGUCAAGGUCAAAAAGCAAUUUCUCUCAGACUAGGCAUCAUGAGCGAUGUAGGCAUCAUUAGUGAGAAUCCCGAUGUACUCAAAAAUAGGGACCUUGUAAAUGAAGUCGCAUCGGUCAAAGAAGAAGAGUUUCUUGCACUUCUUGAUUACUACUGUAAUCCUGAUAAUCCACUAAAGUUACCAGCAUCAGAGGAGGCUUUACCCAUUAUCGGUCUCUUAGCGCCGUCACAAUUGUCCGCUCAAGGAUUAGAAAUACCAUCCUGGGCUCAAACACCCACUUUCAGUCCACUUGCAUAUAUUGGCCGAGACGAUACUCUUUCAACCGAUACCAAAUCUGCUGAAAGGAGCUUCAAAUCUCAACUGAAAGCUGCAGAUUCUGUAAACGAAUUAAAGGAAGUGGUAUCGACAGCAAUAGUAAUGAAGUUGGCGAAAGCAUUGGGGACUGAAGUGGCUGAUAUCGAUACAAAUAAGCCAUUUCACGCAUAUGGUGUCGAUUCUUUAUUGGCAGUGGAGUUGCGCAAUUGGUUUGGCAAAGAGCUGGGUACGAACGUGGCCGUCUAUGAUAUCAUGGGGGCGGAAAGUAUCAGAGUCAUGAGUGAUAUUGUUGUGAGAAAUAGUUCUUUAAUUCUUUUGAAGGAAGAAGCGUAG